UCGGGAGGUGGGCAGGGCAGUGGGAGCACUCCUGGUUCUGGGACCUGUCUUCAGCUUGUCGACGUGUGCUUGUUUGUCAGACAGGCGCCUGCUGUGCGGCCAGCCAGAGGGGCGCUUGCCUUUGGGUCCCUGGCCCCUGGGUCCCUGGCGAGAGGCCCUAGAGCAGAGGCAGCUGCAUCGUGGUGGCUCUGGCUUUGGGGUUUGCUGCUCUGCUGCAACAGUGGGAACCUGUACCUCCAGGCUGGACCCCUGCCCUUCGUCCUCCCCCAACCCCCAGAUCUGAUGUUCUCGAGGCCUGGGAAUGGGAGGGACGCUCUGUCCACCUUCACUGGGCUGAGAGGGGCCGGCGGGGAGCAGCAGCUGCCCCACCCUACACCUGUUCCGCCAGGCGUCGGAGGCAGCAUCUCCCGCUCAGGCUCAGGGCUAGGCUAGCAGGCAAGAGCCUGAAGCUUGAAAGCCUCCUUUGCUCCUGGGUAACUUAAACCUGGCACUGUUUGGGUUGGAUCAUUACUCCGUCAGCCACCUGGUUCCUUGAUGGAGAAAACGUCCCACGGGCCCUGAACCCUGGCCCAGCCCAGCGAGGGCCAGAGCAUGCCGGGCCGGCCAGGGCAGUGAGCUGGCCCCGAGCUGGGUCACAGCGGCCGCUGAGCACCAGGUGCUUGUGAGGGUGGGAAGGUGAAAAGUGAGCGGAGGGGUCCGCGGUCCCGGCUCCCCUGCCUGCUGGAGGGCACCUGCCCUGGCCCUUACGGGUGCGGCAGCGGAUGGGGGAUGCCCUGGCUCCCAAACUCACACCAAACUCUGCGGUUGCGGGAGCUGCCUCUGUCUGGGCUGCCACGGUGUCCUUUUCUUAGAGAGGAAGUGAUCUUCCGUGUUCACCUUGCUCAGCUGUACGUCAGAAUGAAGUUCCUGGUUUGGGGUUGGAAACCAACGUCUCCAGUUGGGAAGACAGUCGUUCCAGAUUGGAGGUGCUGGUGUCCAGCUCUCCGAGCAGCGGCUCCUUCCGGGCAGGGAGCGGGGCGAGCGAGAGGGCAGCCCUGCCGCCCGGGCUCGCAGGCCACUGGGCCCCUUGGGUCACUUCACCCAGACAAACCUGUGGGCGCAGGCCCCCUGCACGUGGUGCUUCCAGGCUCUGAUGGUCGACGGCCGGGACAGGAUGCCCAGGUGUCCUCGCGUGAGGCUGCUGGGAAGGGGUGUGGGGCUACCGGUCACUGGUGCAGCAGAGCCGGAUCGAGGAGGGUGCACCCAGGUGGGAGGGGAAGCUGGCUGCCCGGGGUGCCCCAGCCUGGCCUGACCCUGACGGUGCCAGGCUGGCCUCUGACCCCAGCUGGGUUUCGGCCGAGCCUUAGAGAGCUGUCCUCCCAACGUGAGCGCUGCUGGCCUGGGAUUGCCUCACGCCCUGUGGUUUACAGACUCUUCGGGGCAGUCGUUUCAAAAUCGGUUGUUCCGCAGACUCUCCUUCAUACCUAGAAACUCUUCACUGAACAUCUUUCCGAAAUCAAAUCGUCGUUUUUCUGAAGUUUGGGGUGACUUGAGGUCAAGCCUACAUGCGUUCCGGGUAUUUCAGGUGGAAGUAAGUAGCGGGGCCGCCCCUUCUGCGUCCUGAGCUCACAGCAGCCGGGCUCUCUGCCCCGGCCCGCGGGCGACUUUCCAGUAGAGCAGGCCCCUGAGCGGGGCGGCUGCUGAGGUCUGAUCGCCUGCGGCAGGGCGUCUGUAGAUGAGCAGGGCCUGGGGACAGUGUCUGCUUCUGCCUGGGACCUCCCCACCUUCCCUCGGGCUCUCUGGUUCAGUGGAAGGAGUGCCAGGGUCCCAAGCCCUGGAGGUUGAGAGUGGAGCCCCCACCCGGGCCGGAGUCUCGCCUGGGGCCACCUUCUCUGCCCAGCCGAGGCCCUCUGGGGGCUGACAGCAGUGGCGCCCUUGUUCCCAUUCCCUGUUUCUCAGGAGAGAAGAGAAGCCCCACGCAGAGGGGGUCUGCCUGGUCAUUCCCAGCCUGAUCUCGAGACGCUGCUGCCGCUCAGCCCGGCUCUGCGGUUACGGCACUCUCGCCUUCAGUGCUGGAACCGUCCACUGAGACAGAAGGUCUGAGAUCUCAGGGGACGCUCCCUGAGGUCAGGCCCAGAUGGACCUGGUUGGGCUGCUCUUUCCCGUCUCCCCCAGACUCCUGGCCCGUGGUCCUGGGCCCCAGGAGCCCAGGUGGGGGACAUGGCCAGAGGGUCUGCCCAGGCGACUUUGACCUGGUGGGUGAGGACCCCUGAUCCUCCUGGGGCCUGCGCUGAGGGCAGGGGCCCGGGCCUGUGGAGGGCUGAGGCCCAGUCCUGUGUGCAGCCUGGCGCCUGGGCGCCCCACCACGCCACGCCAGGGCGGGCUCGUCCCCAGGGGAGGCGUCCCUGCCCUUAAUGUGCCCCGGGCCCUGGCAGGCCAGUGCAUCCAUCAGUGAGGGUCUGCUGGAGUCAGUGGAGGCCCCUCCUUUGCCCUCUGGUUCCCAUCGGGUGGGGGCUGGUCCACUGGGUGGGCGGGGCCUUGGUCUGUGGGAAUGUGAGCCCAGCUCUGUAAACAGCUGGUGACUCACCGCGCAGCUAUGCCCUGGCUGCUGGGAGUGAUAGCAGCCCCUCCUCGCUCGACGUGGAGAAGUUUCUCAUGGCCCUCCCUCCCGGUGGCUUCUCCAGCCCAGCUUUGACCUCCACGUCGGGGUUGGGCCAGGCCUGGAGGGCACUCGUUUGGGCUCCCCCGAUGCUAGGGGUCAAGCCAUGGUGAGGAAGCAUCUCUUACCUCCCUGCAGGGUGGCCCCUGGCUGCUGCGCGCUUGUUCCAGGCAUAUGUGUGACCACGCAAGGGGUGGGGGGGCCUGGGUCUCCUGGAGGCUGUCCAGCCCCACUGCCGCCCUGUGCUCCCACACCAGCGCCCGGGAGGGAGAGCGGCUGUGUUGCCAAGAGGGCUGGGGGUCCACAGGCCUGGGUACUGGUACCCUCGGAAUCUGCAGCCUUCGGUGGAGAAGGGUGGGUGGGCUGUGGGUGAGGGUCCUGGGGCUGCAGGUGAAGACUGCUCCCACCCAGGUCUCCAACACCCCUGAGUUGGAGGCUUUGCCAGGGCUCCGUCUCUGGCCUGAGACCCUUCCUUGGAUGUUUCUCUGCUCAGUUCACCCCGUCUGGCAUUUGGAACGUGGUGAGCAGGCCUCGCUCUGUACGCCAGCCACACAAUGCACCCGGGAGUCUGAGGCCCGUUCUCCUCUGUCCCUUCCCUGGCUGCGGGCACAGGGGCCUGCUCACUGCCCCACAGCCUGCUGUCUGCCCAGCCUGCCCGAAGCCAUUGUUGCUGUGGGCUUCUCUGUUUCCAUGACGACCAUCAGGGGUUGGCUACUUCCCAAGGUCGCCAUGGCAACUAUCAGAGGGGAAUCAUGCUUGGGAUGCUUUGGCUGGCUUUUUCGUGAAUGAUUAGAAUGUGUGACACAAUGCAGACGCGAAAAUGAGAAGGGCGGGCGGCGGGGGCUGGCGGGUGGCGGGGACAGCUCCCGCCAGACGGUCGGUGAGCUCCAGAGGCUGCGGCUCCCACCUCCCGUGUCCUGGGCGGGCUGGCUGGCUGGCGCAGGGAUCCCCCGCCCACCCUCUGGGCCUCAGGUCAUGGCUGUGGGGCAGCCGAGGUGGAGGCAGUGAUGUCACAGCUGCAGUGCCCUUGGCCGAGUCACCAUUUCCAAGCCGUUCUGUCCAGGUGACUGUGCCCAGGUUAUGACGACUAAUCCCAAAGCGAACAAGGCGUUGAAGGUCAAGAAGGAGGCGGGCGAGAACGCCCCGGUGCUCAGCGACGAUGAGCUGGUGUCCAUGUCGGUGCGGGAGCUGAACCAGCACCUGCGGGGCCUCACCAAGGAAGAGGUGGUGCGCCUGAAGCAGCGCCGGCGCACACUCAAGAACCGCGGCUACGCCGCCAGCUGCCGCAUCAAGCGCGUGACACAGAAGGAGGAGCUGGAGCGGCAGCGCGUGGAGCUGCAGCAGGAGGUGGAGAAGCUGGCACGUGAGAACAGCAGCAUGAGGCUGGAGCUGGACGCCCUGCGCUCCAAGUACGAGGCCCUGCAGACCUUCGCCCGCACAGUGGCCCGUGGCCCCGUCACACCCACCAAGGUGGCUACCACCAGCGUCAUCACCAUCGUCAAGUCCGCUGAGCUCUCCUCCACCUCCGCGCCCUUCUCUGCCGCCUCCUAGUGUCCGGGCGGGGGGCUGUGGGGAGCACAGCCGUGACGCCCACGUCGGGACGAGGACCUUGUAGGGCGCCGGCUGUGGCCGGAUGGAGGGUGGGUUCCCGAGAACCCGUGUGCUGUGCGCCUUCCGCCCACACCUGCGCACCCCCCGCCUUCCUCUGGGCCCUCAGCUCUCUCCCGACUGUCCUCAGGGCUCUGUCUUGUGCUGGGGGUGUCGGGAUGUGUGGAGGGAGGGUCCUCCAAAGGUUCCUAGCCCAGACGGCAGGGUCUCUGUCCUCCGCUCCUCCCAAGAGCAGCCUGUCAACACAUCGGUGCGUCAGUCCACCCUGCACGGCCCCCUAGGCAGGGCAGGACCCCCUCACUGUCCUGACCGCACUCCGGUGUCCCGGAAGGAACCGUGCUGCCCAGAUGCACCGUGACCCUGCUGCAGCCUCAGCCAGGGACCCAUGCUUAGUGAGCGGGUGGAGGAGGGGCUGUGCACGGGCGAGCACGUGCGUGCCUGUACACUCGUGUUCAUGUGAGCGUGCGUGUGCGUGCGCCCGCUGCCCGCCAGCACACCAGCAGUAACGGGGGUCUCGGGGAGCAGCUGGUUACAGGCGGUCGGUUGGGCCGUAGGUACGUGUGCAGUCAGAGUUGCACGAGCCUUGGGUUUCCCUCCAUCAGGAGACCUGGGGAGGCUGAGCCCCGGGAGGGAGAGGCGGGAGGGGGGCAUGUUCUGUGUGGGUGCGAAGUCGGCGGCGGCCUCAGGCUGGGAGCCGGGCAGUGCCCGCUGCCCGUGGUUCCCGCUGCUGGAGGAGACGGGAGAGCUGGGGAGGCGUGGAGUCAGGACAAGGAAGGUUGAUGGUGAUGCAGGCAGUGGGCAGUGGGCUGGGAAGGCGGCAGGGACCAGCCUCCGGGAGCACUUGGAUGGUCUGUGGGCAGAGGACGCGGGCACUCUGCAACCCUGGUGCUUAAUCAUCGCCUGGAGCCUUCACCUGCUCUUUCUGGCGCUCAGAGCCACUGAGGACCUCGGAGGCCCUGCGGGGGGGCCCCCUUCCGAGAGCUGCCCUGGGGCCUCCGUGUGGCCAGGCAUAGGCCCCCUUCCCGCCCCUCCUGGGAAGGUGCUUGGUGCCAGCGGGGGUCCUGGCUCCCGGGUGGGCUGUGAGCCCCGAUCUCCACCACAGGCUCACAGCCUUGGGCUCCAGCUCCCGGUUUCCUCUUGACAUGCCCCCCACCGUCCAGGAAGACCCCCAGCCGGCUGCAGAGUCCCUGGGCAGGGUGUCAUCCGCCCGGUGUGCCGGAGGAGUGGGGAAGACACAGGGCCCCAAGGGCCGCAGAAAGCGUCUGCGGCCUUGCUGGCCACCCUCUGUGCCCUGAGGGCAGGCACGGGGUCUGGGCGCCAGUCCUUCCGAGCCAAGGGUGAAAGUGUAAAAAAGCUGUUGAUGCCAGAGCCAUGGUAGGUAAUCCACAUUGGAUAUCAGUAAGGACCAUGGGAAUAUUUAAAAGAGAGAAAAGUAUAUAUAUAUAUAAAAUUAUAUACACAUUUUGUCGUACAGAUUUCGUACCUUCUCUUGCUGUUUGAUACUGUCGGUCUCAAGCAGAGCAGAGCUGCCGUGGGGUGUGGCCGGGGCAGGGCCGUCGCCCUGCGCCGGCUUCUCGCCCAAGUUGGCCGCUCCCGCCCACCGCUUCCCUCGGGCCCUCCCCCCCCCUCCCCCGCCUAGGGGCCUGCCAGGCGCCCCCAAGUUCUCUCAGCGCCCCAUCCCACGGCCCCGCUGCCCCUUCCCUGGACUGGGCCAGGCCAGGGAGACCAGCGCAGUCCCUCCUCCUCCUCCUCCUUCUCCUCCUCCCAGAGCGUUGAAAUGUCAUUGUCACAGUUUUAAUAUAUGGAUUUCUUAUUUAAGAAAACAGGCUGAUUUCCCGUCCCCCGCCCUUCAGGCCCGCUGGCGCUUCCUGGCGGCAGGGCCCCGCGUGCAAGCUGAGCACCGGUUUUCCGCGCCUCUGGCCACCUCAGCAGUUUCAUUUCAAUAUUUAUUUUUGUGCUGCUUUUAUCAUGAUAUAAAUUAUUGAGAAGAGACCCUACGUCGUGGCCCCUGUUUGUGCGACGCGUGGCCCGCGCCUGCCCCCCCUGCCACACCUAAUUUAUUGCAUCUCUGCUGUGACGCUUUUGUGCCUUUGCAAUAAAGAGUUUUCUGGUUUCA